AUAAACGAUAACUACGACUUAUUUUGCACUUGCAUUUUUGCACCGCCCGGCGAAUCGUACAGUUUGUUAUUUUCUGUUCCUGCUUAAAAGGGGAAUCCCCGGAAACUAGUGAAAAUGUUGAACUCUGUGUGUGGCAUGCGGCUUAGCACCUACGGUGUCGGCCUCGGAUGGAUUGGCGUCAUAUUCUCCUUUCUGGCCGUGAUCCUCACGUCCAUUGGUCUGGGAAACGCCGAUGAGCUCGCCCGGCAGAUCGUCGAGGAAAACCACAAUACCAAGCUAACGGUUGACGAAGUGCGCACUAUCCUGGUGAUCAUCUUGAGCAUUUACCUGGCGCUGCAGGUGAUCAACCUCCUGGCCUCGGGCAUGCUGAUCGUGGGCACUCUUAAGGAACGCCAUCUCUACCUUCUGCCCUGGCUAUUCAAUAAUGGCGUGACCCUGAUCUUUGGCAUCAUCACCCAAAUCGGAAUGUGGGUGCAGCUCAGUUCGGUGUCCUUCACGAGUGCCUUGCCAUCCAUCCUGGUCUCUCUGGUAACCAUCACUCUCAGCUGGUACCUGUACUACGGCAUCUAUUCGCUCUACAAGCAGAUUCAGCGAACCAGCGACCUGCAGCGUCCGCUUAUCCCGCCGCAGAGCAGUGCCAGAAACUACGAGGGAUUGCCCAACAAUCAAUAAGUUCCUUAAAACGGAAAGAAUGUGGCUCCCAAUAUUUUUAAGGCUCUCUUUAGCGAGCAUUUCUUUAACUUUUUAUAAUCAAAACUAUCAAUAUAAUCGUUCCCUAUAUAAAUGGGACUCUAAUUUACCUAUUAUUAUUAUUUCAAAACCCUUUACCACUUCUACACAUGGCCUUAGAAGUCUCAAAAGUGCCUACAAAUAAAAUGUAAUCAUUUUCUGUUCCUGAGA